GCGUAUCCAUAUUCUAUAGCCGCGUUUACGAUGCUGAAUGCCUGCUCUUUCAUCUCUUCGGUAAGAUUGUCACGCGGUCGGGGAGAGGAAUGCCUUGCUUUGUACCUGUUUGGAUUGGUAGAGUGUGGUCCGUCUUGCCUUCCGACAUUGCCGCUGUUUUCCUUCCGCAUCUUUACAGCACUAUUCUCUCUGUUCCCAGGUGUCGGAUGAUCCGCCGUGCCGAACAGUCUCCUCAGCUUUGCCAAAUAAUACAAAAUCAGACUUUCCAGUUGAAGAUUUUCUCUUAACAGGCUGCUCACAAUUUUUUCUGCUACAUGUCUCUGUUGUCUGGAACUUCCUCUAGACCUUCUUGACGAUUUUCUGUGGCUUGAGUUAGCGUGUGGGGCCA